CGUGCGUUGGAACAGUACGGGCUACGGCAGAUGAUAUUUUGAUUUCAAGGCAGCUAUGAAAAAUACAAGAGCCAGCCAGCCUGUCCAUCCUGCGCCUUCACAUCGGUUCUGGAUUUCUCUCUUUGGCUCCUGUUUCCCCUCUUGCGCUCAUGGUGCCCAAAAUAAAUUUGCGGAAAGGGGGAAAAGGUUUCGUUAUAACGGCUGGAUGAUGAGCGAAAACAAGCGCCAGGCCAGGGGCGGGAUUUGGUGGACGCCCCCUCGCCGGUGCGGGCGGGGCAACGGGUUUACUUUCAUUUUCAGCUCCGAGCAGCGGAGACUCAAAAAAGAAGGAGACGCAUCCUUUUCACGCCCUUCCUUAGGUGUGUUUUUAAUUUCUACGCCGAUUGCAGCCUCCAGAUUGCGUUCUUCUUUUGCCAAGUGACAUCGUUUUGGAUCCCAUUCAAGGACCCCUUGCCCCAGUGUUGCUAUGCCCCCCCUCUCUCUCUUGGUGGGGCCCCUUUACAUUGCCUGUGAAUUGCACUCUGAGGGAGGUCCCCACUCAACGGUGUCUUCCGUAGAAGUUGACACAGUGUCACUCCGCACCUGGUGCCUUGCCUGAGAUCAGCAGCAGCAGCCACCAUGACCAGCUGUGGCCUUCUCAAGCCUUCUCGGGAACCAGUGCCUUUACGAAGCAUCUCUGUAGAUGUGGUGAUCCAGGGCUUCGUGGCUGACGUGGUGUCUGAGCUUCGGUACCAGAAUGAGGAGAAGAAUCCAGUGGAAGCCAUCUUUGUCUUCCCCUUAGAUGAUGAAGCUGCCGUAUACGCCUUCGAGGGCCUGAUUGGGGGGACGCGGAUUGAAGCCCAGAUCCGAGAAAAGAAGCAGGCAGAGCAAGAGUAUGAUGAUGCUGUGAGUGAAGGCCAUCAGGCUUUCCUGCUUGGGAGAGAAGAAAACACCAGCGACAUUUUCACCUGCAGUCUGGGGAACCUUCCCCCUGACGGCGAAGCCACAUUGAAGCUGCGCUAUGUUCAGGCAUUGGCUCCAGAGCCUGAUGGGGCUGUCCGCUUUGUCCUGCCUGCUGUCCUCAACCCUCGCUAUGUACCACGAGAUUCACAAGGAGACACGGUCACUGAGAGCAUUUCACGAGUGCCUAAAGGUCAGCUUCCCUACACACUCAGUCUCCGUGCCACAGUGGAGUCUUCUUUUGGCAUCAAUCGCGUGGAGUCAAAGUGUACCCUUCAACCCCUUUGCUACACAGCAGAGGACCGUACCGCUGCCCAGGUCUCGUUGGCCGAAGGGCAUCAAUUCGACCGAGAUGUGGAACUCCUGAUUUAUUACGAGGAUGUUCAUAAACCCAGUGCCAUUCUAGAAGCUGGGAAGCCUGGAGUUGCCCCAGGUUCACUGAUGGGGGACCCAGCCCUUCUGCUUACUAUGUACCCCAGUUUUCCAGCUGAAAAGCCAGCCCAGAGUUCUACUGGAGAAUUCAUCUUCCUGCUGGAUCGCUCUGGCAGCAUGGAUUGCCAUACCGACAACACACCUGAUUCGCCAUCACGCAUUCAGAGUGCCAAGGAGACACUGAUCUUCCUGUUGAAGAGUCUCCCUCUGGGGUGCUAUUUCAACAUCUAUGGCUUUGGGUCCCGAUAUGACUCAUUCUAUCCGAAGAGUGUAGAAUAUACCCAGGAGACAAUGUCAGACUCGCUUCAGCGUGUGAAGGAACUGGAAGCUGAUCUGGGGGGAACUGAGAUUCUGCAGCCACUGAAGGCCAUUUACAGCGAGCCAUGCCAUGAAGGACAUCCUCGCCAGCUUUUUGUCUUCACUGAUGGUGAAGUGUCUAAUACAGACAAGGUCAUUGCUGAAGUUCAACACCACAGCAGCUCUCACAGGUGCUUUUCUUUUGGUAUUGGCGAAGGUGCCUCCACAGCUCUUAUCAAAGGCAUCGCUCGAGCGGCUGGCGGCAGUGCGGAGUUCAUCACGGGCAAAGAGCGCAUGCAAGCCAAGGCCCUGCAGUCUUUGAAGAAGGCCCUCCAGCCAGCAGUGACAAAGAUUUCCCUCAACUGGCACUUGCCUUCUAGUCUUGAGGCCAUGCUAGUGGGAUCAGGACCUCAGGUCAUCUUCCAGGGACAGCGUUGCCUCAUCUAUGCCCAGAUUUGUGGGCAGCUUCAGCCUACAGACUCCAUGACAGGCAAAGCUGUCCUUCACUACACCUUCCAAGACCAGACUUUCACAGAGACGGCAACAUUCUCACUCCACGCUCAGGAGAAGGACAGGCUUCCUAUUCACCGCCUGGCGGCGCAGGUCCUUCUGCAGCAUCUUGAGGGGAACGAAGAUGAGGGGAAGAAACGCCUGGCACUGGAGACGAGCCUGAGUUCUGGGGUGGUGUGUUCACAGACAGCCUACAUAGGAGUCAACACGGAGCUGGGCAAGCCACUUCAGGGGUCCCUCACCCGCAGAAACAUCCCGCUUGCAUAUGGAGGAUCUGGCUUUAUGUGUGCAAUGUAUUCAGUGCCUCAACCAAUGAUGUGUUCAAUGCCAGCAUUGGGUGCUAGAAAUGAAUAUUCACCUGGAGCGCUAGGGUUCGGGGCGGCAAAGGCAGCGCCGAGGCAUUUAAAAAUUUCACGCCGGAAACAGCAUACAGUUGCAUGUUACAGUUCAUCAUCUCCCCCUGAAGUGGCCAUGUCAGCAGCUCCACAAAGUUUUGAUGAAGAAAAGCCAAGCCCCAAGGAGGAAGAAUCACCACUCUUGCACCUAGUUUCCCUUCAGAAUGCCAAUGGAUCAUGGCCUCUGGCUUCUAACCUGGCCAGCAUCCUAGGCCUGAGUGAGGCAGAGAUACUGAGCAAAAUACCUGCCCAGGUGGCCCAGAAUGUGUGGGCGACAGUACUGGCUCUCCUGUGGCUCCACUCCAAGGCUUUGGAGCAGAAAGACGAGUGGGAGCUUCUAGAAAUGAAAGCUCUCAACUGGCUCCACGCAACGGCCGCACCUUGCCUGGUGGAGAUUGUGAAAGCUGGCAAUGCACUGCUGGGAACCAGUGUGGACCCCCAAACGCUGGGGGUCUGAAGUCGGCUGCAUCACCUGAUGGUUUGAACUGGCGUUCCUACUUUUUUGUGCCUUCCUUCAAAAAAGCUCUCCUGCAUUUCCAAAAGUGGCAUGAGUCCCUGCCAAGUUAUAGUUCCUUCUGAUUUCUGAGUAUCUCUACUAAGUGGUAGAAUUUUCUCUUACCGCAAUAGGCUUGAGAUCAACAGGCCUCUUUGGUCUAUGUUAGCCCAGCACUUUCCUAAAGGAACAUAUUAAUUUUUUGAAGUCUUAAAAAAAAAACAAGAAUACAUCAUUACUGGCAGAAAAAAGAAAGAACAGAACCAAGCACUGGAUAUGCAAUCUAAGCUUAUUUCCAGAUAAUAUUGAAUAUUUUUCUGCUGUAACUAACCUUCAGGGUGGAAUUAAUACUAGUUAAGCUUUUAAUGUGAUCUGUUCUAUAUUGCUUGGAGCCAAGAAAUGAAAAAAUAAACUUCAGUUUACAUCA